AUGGCUUGCCAGAUUAAAUGCAACCCCGACAGCGAACUCUCAUUUCCGGGAUUUGGAAGCGGCUGCGGCGGAAGUACAUCAAGUAUGGCUUAUUUGAAGUCAGCUCCUUAUCCCGUCCCAGGCCUAGGACUUCACGGUAUCCCGGUGGACUCCUUGCAUUCCUCCAUGGGAGGUUAUCCUGGAGGAAACCCAAGAAAACAGAGGAGAGAAAGAACGACAUUCACUAGAGCUCAGCUUGAUAUUUUGGAGUCGCUUUUUGGCAAAACCAGAUAUCCUGAUAUAUUCAUGAGAGAAGAAGUGGCCUUGAAAAUCAACUUACCAGAGUCCAGAGUACAGGUUUGGUUCAAGAACAGGAGAGCGAAAUGCAGGCAGCAACAAAAACAACACACCCAACAACAGAGUACAGAGAAAACCACAAGAUUAAAAAACAAACCGGCCUCAAGCGUCAUUGCCAAGUCCUCUCCUACGCCGCCAGCCCCUGUCUCCAGCAAUAAUAAUAAUACGAGUACCAGUUCAUCAGCAAGUUCUCCUUCAGUACAUACAGCGCCACACCUCAGGGACAGCCCGAACUACAUGAAGUCGCAGCUACUCGCCACCGGUGGCAGCACCACACCACCCACGAUCCCAAGCUCAACCUUCACCAACUCUGCAAACUCAAGUAUUUGGUCACCUGCGUCAAUAGACAGUUUUGCAUUGGAUCAGCAUAGAUGGUGUACCUCAACACAAGCUUCAGUUUUGAGUACAACGAAUUCUUCAACCAACUGUUAUAACAAUUACCCCUACUACUCAAAUAUGGAAUAUAUUAAUUCUACAUCAAUGAACCACUCCCAAUUCGCGGAAAAUAGUCUGGAACCGGCUUGUUGGACAAAAUCUCGCGAUGAAUCAUCUUGGUUAUACAAUGGAAGUUGGGAGCGGAAAUGAAAUAUUACAUCAGAACAACUGGGAGUAUUCAUUUGAUCUACUGGCAGUUUGCAAAAAUAUGACUCGAGAGGAGAGAGAACUUCUGUUCCAUCAAAUAUUUCUUCGUACUGAUCAGAAUAGAUGGAAUCAUUAUUGACUGUUUUUGAUGAUUUUUCAUAGUGAUUUAGUGUUAGUUUGUAAAAGAAACGGACUGUUCGUAACAAGUUAUGUCUAUACAAUCUUCAUGAACUGACUUAAUACUGUAAUUUUUUUAUUUUUUUUUAAACACCUAAUUUAUGAACAAAAACACGGCUUGAGACUGGCUGAUUAUGGAGAUUCGAGAUAUUUUAAUCUAGUUUUAAAAAAUAUAACAUUUGUGCCAGAGUAACUCAAUUGAUCUCACUGUGCAAUACUCUGGUGUCUCUGGUGUUUAUCUUUCUAACUCUCCCUUUCUCAUAACUUUUUUGAAUCAUCCACUGCUGGAACCUCUCAAUAUAAGAGAUACACACAGAGAUACAAUGGAAGAAGUAAAGCACAGAACGCUAUUAUUUAUACGGUGUUCUGUAGUAAAAUUAAAGAGGAUAUAGAUGAGAAUGACUAUCACUAUUUACACAGAAUGAACAUUACCCACUUUUAUUUUUAUUAGAAUUUUCACAGUUACGAUUGAAAUGAAACCGUCAAAUUUAAUCUUAGAAAC